AUGAGACAGCAUACUGGAAUGUAUUCAGAGAUGCAGCCUCUUAAGUACACAGAGACUGUCACUGCGUACAUGAGGAAGUGCAUGGACAAUGUCACAGUCACCAGAACCAUCCGCAUCCGGGACAAUCAGAAACCCUGGCUCACAGGGGAGGUGUACAGGCUCCUAUGAGCCCGGAACUUCGCCUUCAAAGCUGGAGAUGUCAAAGGCCUUAGGACAGCCAGAGCCAAUCUGUCACGUGGCAUCAGACUGGCCAAGAGACAGUACUGUACUCCAGGAGAAUUGCUGACAGAUUCUCAGACAGCAGAGACACCAGGAACCUGUGGCAGGGGCUUCAGACCACCCCAGACUACAAGUCCCCUCCGCAGACUGGUGACUACUCCACCCCUCUGCUGAACCAGCUGAACGACUUCUUUGCCCACUUCGAAGCUGAUAAUAACACUGUGUCCCAGAAGACUCAAAAAAGCUAACCAACGGUUGUACUUCCUGCGGAAGUUAAGAAGAACCCGUCCCUCAUCAUGCACACCUUCCACUGCGGCACCAUCGAAAGCAUCCUGACCAGCUGCAGUGUGGUUCGGCUCUUGCACUGUCUCCUGCCGGAAGGCUGUGCAGCGCAUUGUGAGAGCGGCUGAUAAGAUCGUUGGUGUCCCCCUUCCUUCCCUCGCGGACAUCUACAACUCAAGACUCACCCGCAGAGCCGUCCGGAUCGCAGGUACCCCACUCACCCAUCCCAGAGUUUCUUCAGCCUGCUGCCAUUGAGGACUCUGAAGUCUCAGUGCCAGGACGGGCAGGCUCAAGGACAGUUUCUUCCACCAGGCGGUCAGGAGACUCAACUCCCUCCCUGCCCUGCCCACACUCACACCUGCUCCCCCCUACUGACGGCAUCUAACCUCCUGAUCCACAUAUGCACAUAUGCACAUGUCACUUUCACUACUCCAGGCCGGUGUGAAGUGUAAUCUGUAAUCUGUAAGUGUUUAGUUAUUUAUUUCCCUUAAUUUAGUACUUGCAUGCAGAUCUGAUAGUUUAUAUUUUAAUAUAUAUUUUUUUAUAUUUCAACUUAUAACUGUGUGCUGGGAGGACGACAAUUUCAUCUGUACUGGAUGUACUGGAUUCAUGACAAUAAAGUUGACUUGACUAGGAAAAAAAAAAAAAACCCAACAUAGUCCUUUGCUGUAAAGUAGAACAGGGAGCUGGAGGGACCAAAGAGGUGUUUGGGCAAAAUGGCUGCUCGAAGUGACAGUAAAGUUGUUCAGGUCCUGUGCAAGAGCGCGGUUGUUCAGAGUGGGCUGUAGUUUGUGACCACCUUGAGCCCUCUCGACACUGCAGCCGAGUCAUUGGCUGAGAACUGCUGCCUAUGUUUAUCUUAGAACAUGGCCUUAGCUAUCUUCAGCUCCCUCUGAAACCGAUACUUCACCUCUUUGUAGCAGCUCCUGUCCCCACUCUUGUGAGCUGCCUCCUUCUCCCGUCUAAUCUGGCCGAGUUUAGCUGUGAACCAAGGUUUGUCAUUUGCAUAACUCACCUUGGUGUGCAUUGGAACUAUGCACUCUUCACAGUAGCUGAUCCAUGAAGUCACAAUGUCUGUUUACUCAUCCAGAUUAUUGGUAGCAGCCGUGGACACCCCCCAGUCUGUGGUCUCCAUACAUAGUUAGUCCAUAGUUUCUGCAUUGAUUUUUCAAUAGGCCAGACACCACAUCCGAUCACACGACCAUCUCCAGUUUUUAUCAAAUGCAACACAAAAACAAACCCAACUUUCAUGCCACAGUAGUGACAAAAUUGGGAUUCAGCAACUUUUACGAGUUUGUCUCAUCAUUCUUCGCUGUGCAGCCUCUUCUUCUCAACACUCCUGCGUUUGACUGAAAGCCCCCAGCCUUACUGCCAUCUGCUGUCCGUUUGGCGUCAUUGCACUCGGAGUAUUUAACAUGACAAAUGUGUGAAUGUGCGGACUCCCGAACUUGCAUAGCUACAAAUCCUUGGGAAUAUACCUCCUUGUGGGGACCUUUUGCCGGUCCCCACGGGUUUAUGCAUCAAUUUGACAAAUAAUAACAAAAUAGCUAGGUCAUUAUAAUUGAAUUUAGGUUUGGUUAGCCAUUUAUUUCGGAUGUUUAGGAUUAAUAGCCAGAGUGGAAGUCAAUAACAUGCCCCACAAAACAAAAACAAAACGAAAAAAAACACGACUGUGUGUAUGUGCGCGCGCGCAUGUGUACGCGCGCGUGUUUGAGCUUCAUUAAUUGGAGGAUGAUCCCUAAAACAACGCCUUCGCACCGCUCGUCUUCACUGAGGUCUGUGUCGCGCGUCCAGAAGAUCUGUUUGCAGUGCUUCUAGCUGUGCGCAGAAAGAGAUUGGUUCCUUUGUCCUUGAAGCUAUACAAGAGAAAUAUUGAGAGUAAAGGAGUCAAAACGUCAUCAAAAGAGGUAUGUAUGAGCUAUACAUAUGAAAUCUCAUCAUAUAGCCAUUUGACAAAGAAGAGGAUAUCCAAAAUUGCUGUCUCAUGUUUGGUCCUGCAAGCAAACACCUUCAGUAUACUGUACCUCCUGGUCAGGAGGAGCCAUCAAGUUAGCUUGAUUCUCAGUGGAGCAUGUAUUUCAACAUGUUUUAUGCAGUCAUUGCCAAGUGCAAUGUGCUGAGUCACUGUUUUCUCAAAUGAAUAACAGACAAAGAUGUCUUUGUUGCUGUGACUGUGCAGGAAAAAGGCACUUCCUUGCAGGAGUCCUACAAAUAAGUAACCUGCCCGUUACGGAUUGGGUCCUAUGCAAGUCUACAAGCAUGCAAGAAAUGGUUCUGGUUCUUUUCUGAAACAUACAGUUUUGCAUGUUUACAUAUAUACAGUACAUACUCUCUGAAGCUUUUAUUAUAUGCAUUAUUAUGACAGUGGCCCUUCCCAAUGUAGUUUAACCUCAGAAAGUUAUGUUUGAUCCGCACUACUUUAUGUAUUUUGUGUUUGCACUCAAGAUGAACCUGCAGGAGUACUUCCAAAGAAUCGGGUUCCAAGGCUCGUGUGACAAACCAGACCUGGCCACACUGAGAGAGAUACAUAAGCAUCAUAUUCUGUCAAUUCCAUUUGAAAACCUCAGCAUCCACAGUGGGGAGAGGAAUGUAGUGGACCUGGAAGUGACUUUCCAUAAGCUAGUUAGACGCCAUCGUGGAGGUUGGUGCUUUGAGAACAACUACCUCUUUUUCUGGGUACUGAUGGAAUUAGGCUACAAUGCAACAAUGUUGAGCUCCAAAGUUUUCAACAACUCCAUCGAUGACUUCGAACAACAAGAUACACAUCUUAUCGUGAAGGUGCUUAUUGACGGGAAGGCGUUCAUCUGUGAUGUUAGUUAUGGGAUGAUGUCCCAAAUGUGGUAUCCUCUGGAACUUAUAUCUGGGAAGGACCAACCCCAGCCAGCAGGUGUCUUUCGUUUGAUAGACACGGAAGAUGUCUGGGUCCUAGAAAGAAAUCGACGCAUACCGAAGGUUCUCAAUCCGGAAUUCAACACCUCACGUCUUGUGGAUAAGAAGGACAUUGUAACAAUCUACAACUUCACAAUGACACCAAGAGACUCAAACUAUUUCUUGGAGUGCAAUGACCAGCAUCAGAUUAAUCCUGAUUCUCUAUUUACUAAAAUGUCCAUGUGUUCCCUGCAGACGCCGACGGGGCUCAAAGCUCUUAUUGGCUGGUCCUACGCUGAGGUCACCUUCCUACCAGAGGAAGGUGCCAAUGUCUUUGACAUACGUUACAUUGUUGAUGAUGAAAUAGACAAGGUAUUGAAGGAAAAGUUCAAUUUAGUGUUGAAGAAUAGAUUACAGCCGAAAGGUCCUCAUCCACUUGCGAAAAAGGUUUAAACCCUGAAUGAUGUUUUUUUUUUUUAAACGACAAUGAUAUUGAAGUUAAAAUCACUAGUCUCAUGCUGUUUUAAGCCCAAUUCUAACUCUCAGCUCCCCUCACCACCCUGGCCUCCCACUCUGUAGUGGCUCACCAGCUUCUUGACUGAAACCAGCAGAUGGCUCUCCUCUCACUCUACACCAAUGACUACACCCAGGAGAUCCUCCUCUAGUCUAAGAGAUUCCAUCAACAUCAUCCAGGACGAGGACAAGUCUGCGUAGAGGCAUGAGGUCGACAGGUGUAGCUCCAUGUAGCUCAACACUCUCUGCAGAGAUUGUGGUUCAAAUAGCUGUUAUUACAUGUUGAGCCUUUUGUAUCAACUAAUGUAUUCUGUUCACAUUCAGGCUAUUGGUGAUCAGUUGCUUCCAUACACCAUUUUUAUAAGCUCCAACACUCCCCGCAACCCUCAACAGAACUAAGUGGUGGGUCACUGAAGAUGUACAUGUGUAAUCCGCUGCAUCACAGAUUUUUGUCCAUUGCUGCGGCAAACAUUCAACAUCAUUCAGUAGUGAUACACAAAUCUGACUGUUGUUUUUGUUGCAAUCUUUGUGUCUCUAUUUUGCAUUUAUCAUGACAUGAAAGUGAUCUUCAUAAGGAAAGUUGUGUUGUGUUUUGUAUGAGUCUGUGAUUGAAGGAAGUGUGUCAUGUGACUUGAUGAUGGUAAUGCAAGUGUUGUAGUGUCUCAAAAUAAUUGAAUAUGAUGGUCUGUUGAGUUUCCUGUUGUUUGUUUUAAAUUUCAGCCAUACAAAACGUCAAUAUUUUCACUUGCUUUAAAUAAAACCAUGUACUCAAUGCCACUGAACAUGUUAUUAAAUGUAAAUGUUAUUUUAUAACAACAGUUAUUUUUCCAUGAAGGUUCCAUGUUUUUGUCUAUUUGUAGACUUCCCAAGUCUAAUCAUUUGCGUCUGGUGCUUUGAAGUCUUGACUGAGCUUUAGAAUGCACCACACAGAUGAACAGCUGAAAGCUGUCGUGUGGAAGGCGGGGCACCUAGUGACUAUAUCGACCAAUCAUCUCUU